ACGGCAGAAUGGCUCGAGAGCUGCUGCUGCUGCUUUUUACAGUUUUAUGCACUGUGUUAUUCGCGGAGACAGCAGUUGAUAUAAAAAAGAAAAAGGUGGUUAUACACAGCUUAGCUCAAUGUAAAGGACAACAGUCUUUGUCUAUGGUUUGGUACGAUUUUGUGUCCAAGCACGACGAAAAGACGGGGGAAACUACUGCCUCUAUUAAAGUUAGGAACAAAAGUGUAGUCAGCAAAGAUCUUUCGAUCAUGUUCAACUUCUGGAAAUGUGACGCUUCAGGGAAUCCAGACAGUUGCGAGCAGGUCUUGAAGGAUUAUUUAGUCACUGACAUAUGUACGUACAUGGUGGCCAAAAACGAAUUGUGGACGCCGUUUAUGGAGAGUUUCACUACUCCAUUAGUUUGUCCUAUCAAGCCGGAAGUCUAUCAAGUUAAGGACCUGAAAAUUAAUCCCGAUUUUCUUAAUUACAUCCCGGUGGGUGACGCUCUAUGGAAAGUACAGAUGGAUGGCUUUGACAAGGAGAAAAAAAUAUCUUGUGUGUCUCUCAUCAUACAAAUUGUACCUUUCCUUGUAAAAAGAAAUUAA